CAUGUUGCCGCCUCGCCCGGUACCUGCCGGUGCCGCCGCCGCCGCCGCCGCCGGGGCUGCGGGCAAUGCGAGAGGCUGAGCCGGGGAGGAGGAACCCGAGCAGCAGCAGCGGCGGCGGCGGGAGGCGCCCCCCAGGAGGAGGCCCCGGAUCCAUGUGUCUUUCCUGGUGACUAGGAUGUCGUCGGAGGAGGACCGGAGCGUGGAGCAGCCGCAGCCGCCGCCACCGCCCCCCGAGGAGCCCGGAGUCCCGGCCCCGAGCCCCGCAGCCGCAGACAAAAGACCUCGGGGCCGGCCUCGCAAAGAUGGCGCUUCCCCUUUCCAGAGAGCCAGAAAGAAGUUUUCAAAAAUGUCUUUAAGGCCCCGGAGUAGAGGAAAAACUGCUGUGGAAGAUGAGGACAGCAUGGAUGGACUGGAGACAACAGAAACAGAAACUAUUGUGGAAACAGCAGAAAACAAAGAUCAGUCUGCAGAGGAGGAUGCCGAAGAAGUAGAUAACAACAAACAGCUGGUUCCAGUUCUUCAGCGAUCUGUGUCCGAGGACUCUGCACACUCCCUGGUCUCUGUAGGUGUGGAAGCCAACAUCAGUGAACAGCUCUGUGCUUUUUGUUACUGUGGGGAAAAAAGUUCCUUAGGACAAGGAGAUUUAAAGCAGUUUAGAGUCACACCUGGAUUGCUCUUGCCAUGGAAAAGCCAGCCUUCUAACCAGAAGGACCCUGAUGACAGCAGCAAUGGCGCCUGUGAGAGAAUGCCACGAAAACAAAGAGGACAGCGAAAAGAACGAUCUCCUCUGCCGAACAUAGUGUCUUGCGUAAGUGUAAGCACCCAGACAUCUUCAGAUGACCAGGCUGGUAAACUGUGGGAUGAACUCAGUCUGGUUGGCCUUCCAGAUGCCGUUGAUAUACAAGCCUUAUUUGACCCUACAGGCACCUGUUGGGCUCAUCACCGUUGUGUGGAGUGGUCACUGGGUGUGUGCCAGGUGGAGGAAGCAUUGCUAGUGAACGUGGACAAAGCUGUUGUCUCAGGGAGCACAGAACGAUGUGCAUUUUGCAAGCAUCUUGGAGCCACUAUCAAAUGCUGUGAAGAGAACUGUACCCAGAUGUACCAUUACCCAUGUGCUGCAGGAGCUGGCACCUUCCAGGAUUUCAGGCACUUCUUCCUUCUCUGUCCAGAACAUAUUGACCAAGCUCCUCAAAGAUCAAAGGAAGAUGCAAACUGUGCAGUGUGCGACAGCCCUGGAGACCUCUUAGAUCAGUUCUUUUGUACUACUUGUGGGCAGCACUAUCAUGGAAUGUGCCUGGAUAUAGCGGUCACUCCAUUAAAACGUGCAGGUUGGCAAUGUCCUGAGUGCAAAGUGUGCCAGAACUGCAAACAAUCGGGAGAAGAUAGCAAGAUGCUAGUGUGUGAUACGUGUGACAAAGGGUAUCAUACUUUUUGUCUUCAACCAGUUAUGAAAUCAGUACCAACCAAUGGCUGGAAAUGCAAAAAUUGCAGAAUAUGUGUAGAGUGUGGCACACGCUCUAGCUCUCAGUGGCACCACAACUGCCUGAUCUGUGACAGUUGUUACCAACAACAGGAGAACUUGUGUCCUUUCUGUGGGAAGUGGUACCAUCCCGAAUUGCAGAAAGACAUGCUCCACUGUCAUCUGUGUGGAAGAUGGGUUCACUUAGAAUGUGACAAACCUACAGAUAAUGAACUGGAUUCUCAGCUCAAAGAAGAAUAUGUGUGCAUGUAUUGUAAACACUUAGAAGCUGAAAUGGAGCCCUUACAUCCAGGAGAUGAAGUGGAGAUGGCUGAACUUAACACAGAUUAUAGCAAUGAAAUGGAAGUUGAAGGACCUGAAGAUCAAAUAGUAUUUCUCAAGCAGACAGAGAAUAAAGGUGUUGAUGGAGAUGAAUCUACACCUGGAAUUGUUCCAGCUGCAGUUCAAAUCCACACUGAAGAGCAGCAGAAUCAAGUACCCGAAAUUCUUGACAAUAAUGGUCAUCUUUUUUCUGAGUCACCCCAGAAUAAAGAGAACAUUGAAUUGGAAAACCAGAUUUCUCAUGAAGUUGAUAAGGCAAAAUUGGAAAUGCCUUCUAAAGUGACUAAUAUUUGUGAUGAAGAUCAAAGUGGCAAAAUGGAAGUGACAGAGAAUGUUGAUGUCCUUACACACCAGAUGGUGGUGCAGGAAGAAGAACUGCAAGUGCUGGAGGAACCUAAAACAGAGGUGUCCAAGGAGGAACCUGGAUCUCCAAAAGCAGUUGUCAAGGCCAUCACUGUAGCUUUAGUGUCUCCCAGUGAAGAAAGUACUUUGCUGUCUUGUAACGAACACUUGGUAACAGAAAGGGUACAAGAAGGAAAGGAACAGAAGGAGUCUGAGCUUUCCUGUAGGUCUACAAACUUUGAAAUGACGCCUGCCGUUCAUAGUUGUAUGAAAGAUGGUUCAUGUCGAGGAGAUAAAUCUGUAUCAUCUGAAGCACUGUCAUCAUUUUCAUCAUCGGGAGACCUAAGCAAGGCAGUUGUGUCUUCCUCUCCAGCACUUUGCUCAGACUUGCCUCCACAAAAUAUCCUGCACAAUUUCCCAUCAACUCUCAGUUCUCCUGUUGGAAACAUCAUGCCAACAACUUACAUCUCAGUCACUCCCAAAAUUGGCAUGGGUAAACCAGCUAUUUCCAAAAGAAAAUUUUCUCCUGGUAGACCUCGGUCUAAACAGGGGGCUUGGAGUACCCAUAAUACAGUGAGCCCACCCUCCUGGUCCCCAGACAUUUCAGAAGGUCGGGACACUUUUAAACCCAGGCAGCUUCCUGGCAGUGCCAUUUGGAGCCUCAAAGUGGGCCGUGGUUCUGGAUUUCCAGGGAAGCGCAGACCUCGUGGGGCAGGACUGUCGGGACGCGGCGGCAGGGGCAGGUCCAAACUAAAGAGUGGGAUUGGAGCUGUUGUAUUACCUGGGGUGUCUACUGCAGAUAUUUCAUCAAAUAAGGACGAAGAGGAAAAUUCUAUGCACAAUACUGUUGUAUUGUUUUCAAGUGGUGACAAGUUCACUUUGCAUCAGGAUAUGUGUGUAGUCUGUGGCAGCUUUGGCCAAGGAGCAGAAGGAAGAUUACUUGCCUGUUCUCAGUGUGGUCAGUGUUAUCAUCCAUACUGUGUCAGUAUUAAGAUUUCUAAAGUGGUUCUUAGCAAAGGUUGGAGGUGUCUUGAGUGCACCGUGUGUGAGGCCUGUGGGAAGGCGACUGACCCAGGAAGACUCCUGCUGUGUGAUGACUGUGACAUAAGUUACCACACCUAUUGCCUAGACCCUCCAUUGCAGACAGUACCCAAAGGAGGCUGGAAGUGCAAAUGGUGUGUUUGGUGCAGACACUGUGGUGCAACAUCUGCAGGUCUGAGGUGUGAGUGGCAGAACAACUACACGCAGUGUGCUCCUUGUGCAAGCCUGUCCUCCUGCCCCGUCUGCUGCCGGAACUACCGCGAGGAGGACCUGAUUCUGCAGUGCAGACAGUGUGAUAGAUGGAUGCAUGCAGUUUGUCAAAACCUAAAUACUGAGGAGGAAGUGGAAAAUGUAGCAGAUAUUGGUUUUGAUUGUAGCAUGUGCCGACCUUAUAUGCCUGUAUCAAAUGUGCCUUCCUCAGACUGCUGUGAGUCUUCACUUGUAGCACAAAUUGUCACAAAAGUGAAAGAGCUAGAUCCACCUAAAACAUACACCCAGGAUGGUGUGUGUCUGACUGAGUCAGGGAUGACUCAACUACAGAGCCUCACCGUGACAGUCCCCAGAAGAAAACGGUCAAAGCCAAAGUUGAAAUUGAAAAUUAUAAAUCAGAAUAGUGUGGCUGUCCUGCAGACCCCUCCAGAGAUCCAGUCAGAGCACUCAAGGGACGGCGAGAUGGACGACAGUCGAGAAGGAGAUCUCAUGGACUGUGAUGGAAAAUCAGAAUCUAGUCCUGAACGGGAACCUGUGGAUGAUGAAGCCAAGGGAGUAGAUGGACCGGAUGCUAUCAAAAAGAGGAAAAGGAAACCAUACAGGCCGGGUAUUGGUGGGUUUAUGGUACGGCAACGAAGCCGAACUGGGCAAGGAAAAGCCAGAAGAUCUGUAUUGAGAAAAGAUUCAUCAGGCUCUGUCUGUGAACAGUUAUCUAGCAGAGAUGAUGGUUGGAGUGAACAGUUACCAGAUACUCUAGUUGAUGAAUCUGUUUCUGUUAGUGAAAGCAGUGAUAAAAUAAAGAAGAGAUACCGAAAAAGGAAAAAUAAACUUGAAGAAACGUUCCCUGUCUAUUUACAAGAAGCUUUCUUCGGAAAAGAUCUUCUAGAUACAAGUAGACAAAGCAAGUUGAGUUUAGACAGUCUAUCAGAAGAUGCAGUUCAGCUUUCAUAUAAAACAAACGUGAACACGAGCUUUCUGGAAGCUUCAUUAGAUCCCGUGCUUAGCUCAUCCUCAGUUCCCGCUAAACUUGGAUCUCAAGGUACUGCUGAUGACCCAUUAGCUGAUAUUUCUGAAGUCUUAAACACAGAUGAUGACAUUCUUGGAAUAAUUUCAGAUGACCUAGCAAAAUCAGUUGAUCAUUCAGGUCUUGAUUUAUGCACUUUCCAGGUUGAGCGUCCACCUUUUCCAUUUGAUGUUGGUCCUGUUGCUGAUGAUCCCUCAGCUCUGUCUCAUCCAAGUGUUAGUCAGAAUUCACGGCCAUUGAGUGAGGAGCAGCUUGACGGCAUUCUCAGCCCUGAACUAGACAAAAUGGUUACAGAUGGAGCGAUUCUUGGAAAGUUAUAUAAAAUUCCAGAGCUUGGAGGAAAGGAUGUAGAAGACUUAUUUACUGCUGUCCUGAGUCCAGCAACCACUCAGCCAACUCCAUUGCCACAGCCUCCUCCUCCAACCCAGCUGCUGCCAAUGCAUAAUCAGGAUGUGUUUUCACGGAUGCCACUAAUGAAUGGCCUCAUUGGACCCAAUCCUCAUCUCCCACAUCACUCUUUACCUCCUGGCAGCGGAAUGGGAACUUUCUCUUCUAUAGCACAAUCUCCUUAUACCGAUAUCAGGGAUAAAAACCCAGCAUUUAAUUCACUACCAAGUGAUCCUAAUAGCCCUUGGACAUCAUCAGCUCCCGCUAUGGAAGCAGAGAAUGACACAAUGUCAAAUGCUCAGAGAAGCGCUCUAAAAUGGGAGAAGGAGGAGGCUCUGGGUGAGAUGGCAACAGUAGCACCAGUUCUCUACACAAAUAUCAAUUUCCCAAAUUUAAAGGAAGAGUUCCCUGACUGGACUACAAGAGUGAAACAAAUUGCUAAAUUGUGGAGAAAAGCAAGCUCACAGGAAAGAGCACCAUAUGUGCAAAAGGCCAGAGAUAACAGAGCUGCUUUACGUAUUAACAAAGUCCAGAUGUCGAAUGACUCCAUGAAAAGGCAGCAGCCAGAUAGCAUUGAUCCCAGCGCCCGCAUCGAUUCAGAGCUUUUUAAAGAUCCAUUAAAGCAAAGAGAAUCAGAACAUGAACAAGAAUGGAAAUUCAGACAGCAAAUGCGUCAGAAAAGUAAGCAGCAGGCAAAGAUUGAAGCAACACAGAAGCUUGAACAAGUGAAAAAUGAGCAGCAGCAGCAGCAGCAACAGCAGCAGCAGCAGCAGCAGCAGCAGCAGCAUUUUGGUCCGCAGCAUCCUCUGGUGCCGUCCGGCUCUGAUACGCCGAGUAGUGGGGUGCAGAGCCCCUUGACGCCUCAGCCUAGCAACGGGAACAUGUCUCCUGCACAGUCAUUCCAUAAAGAACUGUUUACAAAACAACUGCCCAGUACUCCAACCUCUACAUCUUCAGAUGAUGUGUUUGUAAAACCACAAGCUCCGCCACCUCCUCCAACUCCUUCCCGAAUUCCUAUUCAGGAAAAUCUUUCUCAGCCUCAGGCUUCUCAGCCGCCCUCACCACAGGUGUUUUCACCUGGAACCUCUAACUCCCGGCCACCAUCUCCAGUGGAUCCUUAUGCGAAAAUGGUUGGCACGCCUAGACCACCUCCAGUGGGUCAUAGUUUUCCACGAAGAAAUUCUGUUCCACCAGUGGAAAAUUGUGCACCUCUAUCAUCAGUAUCUAGGCCCAUGCAAGUGAAUGAAACAACAACGAACAGGCCAUCCCCAGUGAGAGAUCUAUCGUCUUCUUCCACAACAAACAGUGACCCCUAUGCAAAACCUCCUGACACACCAAGGCCUGUGAUUGAUCAAUUCCCCAAACCCUUGGGCCUACCCCGGUCUCCCAUAGUUUCAGACCAAACUGCAAAAGGUCCUCCAGCAAUUGGGACUAACGAUCACUUUACUAAGCCAUCUCCCAGGUCAGAUGUGUUCCAAAGACAACGAGUACCUGACCCAUACGCACGGGCCCUGUUGGCCCCUGCACCUCUGGAUGGUAGUCCUGGAACUUUUAAGACUCCAGUGCAGCCUCCCCCAUCCUCUCACGACCCUUAUGGAUCGGCGUCACAGGCCUCGAGGCGGCUGUCUGCUGACCCUUAUGAUAGACCAGCUUUGACACCAAGACCUGGAGAUCAUUUUUCACAUAGUCAUUCAAAUGAUCUUUAUAGCCAGUCUCCCUUAACCCCACACCCUGCACUGAAUGAAUCUUUUGCCCAUUCUUCAAGGGCUUUUCCUCAGCCUGGAACCAUAUCGAGGCCAGCAUCUCAGGACCCAUAUUCCCAACCCCCAGGAACUCCAAGACCUGUUGUAGAUUCUUAUUCCCAACCCUCAGGAACAUCUCGGUCCAAUCCAGACCCUUACUCUCAACCUCCUGGAACUCCCCGACCUACUGCUAUUGAUCCAUAUUGUCAACAACCAUCCACUCCAAGGCCGUCAGCACAACCAGACUUGUUUGCUACAACUACAACUAAUCAAAGGCACUCUGAUCCAUACUCUCAUCCUCCUGCAACCCCAAGACCUGGAAUCUCUGUUCCCUACUCUCAGCCACCAGCAGUACCAAGGCCAAGGAUAUCAGAGGGCUUUCCCAGAUCUUCAAUGACAAGACCAGUCCUCUUGCCAAACCAGGAUCCUUUCUUACAAGCUUCCCAAAACCGAGGACCAACUCUCCCCAGACCCCCUGGACCUGGUCUUUCAGACACAUUUAACCACAUCUCCCCGUCUGCUGCUCGGGAUCCCUAUGAACAGCCUCCGAUGACUCCCAGAGCGCAGUCUGACUCCUUUGGAACAGCUCAGAUGGUUCCUGAUGUUGCCGACCAGUUACGGCCUGGCUCAGAGGGGAACUUCAGUGCAUCUUCAGAUUCUCCAAUGAAUUCUCAAGGUCAACAGUUUUCUAAUGUUGCUCAACAUCCUGGACCUGUACCAUCUUCAGGUGUCACUGAAACACAGAAUACUGUAAAUAUGUCUCAGGCAGACACAGAGAAAUUGAGACAGCGGCAGAAGUUACGGGAAAUGAUUCUCCAGCAGCAGCAGCAGAAGAAGAUCGCUAGUCGGCAAGAGAAGGGGCCGCAGGAUGCAGCAGCUGCUCCUCCAGGUCCCCUGCAGCACUGGCAGCCAGAGAGUAUCACCCAGGCUUUCAGCAGACCUCCACCUCCCUAUCCUGGGAACAUGAGAGCUCCUGGUGUCCCUUCUCUGGGACCUAGGUAUUCUGUUUUCCCAAAAGACCAACGGGGACCCUUCCCUCCUGAUAUUGCUGGUAUGCGGAUGAGACCACAUGGAUUUAGAUUUGGAUUUCCAGGAGGUAGCCAUGGUACCAUGUCAAGUCAGGAACGCUUUCUGGUGCCUCCUCAGCAGUUACAAGGACCUGGGGUUCUUCCACAGCUAAGAAGAUCAGUAUCUGUAGAUAUGCCUAGGGCUCUAAAUAACUCUUCAAUGAAUAAUCCCAUUGGGCUUCCACAGCAUUUCCCACCACAGAGUUUGCCAGUUCAGCAACAUAACAUACUGGGUCAAGCCUUUAUUGAAUUGAGGCAUAGAGCCCCUGAUGGAAGACCACACGUGCCCUUCAGUGCUUCUGGCAGUGUUACAGAGCCACCUUCUCAUCUGAGACCUGGGAACUUCAUUCCUCGGCCAGACUUUCCAGGUCCUAGACACACAGACUCCAUUCGUCAGCCGCCUCAAGGUUUACCUAAUGCAUUACCUGUGCAUCCAAAUUUGGAACCUGUGCCACCCUCUCAGCAAGAACAAGGCCAGCCUGCUCACCCACCGUCUCUGGCUGUGAGGCCUCCGAGUCAUCCCUUGGUUGGUGAGUUUUCAGAGACUCCUUUGUCAACAUCUGCACCAGUUGAAGCAGCAUCGGAUAGUUUACAGAUAACCAGCCAACCAGCUGAUGGUCUGGAAGAAAAACUUGAUUCUGAUGACCCUUCCGUAAAAGAACUGGAUGUUAAAGACCUGGAAGGGGUUGAAGUCAAAGAUUUAGAUGAUGAAGAUCUUGAAAAUCUCAAUUUAGACACAGAGGAUGGCAAGGGAGAUGAAUUGGAUACUCUGGAUAAUUUGGAAACCAAUGAUCCCAACCUGGAUGAUCUCUUAAGGUCAGGAGAGUUUGAUAUCAUUGCGUACACAGAUCCCGAACUUGACCUAGGAGAUAAGAAAAGCAUGUUUAAUGAGGAACUUGAUCUCAGUGUUCCAAUUGAUGAUAAAUUAGAUAAUCAGUGUGUUUCUGUUGAACCAAAAAACAAGGAGCAAGAGGACAAAACAGUGUUUGUCUCUGAUAAACAUUCACCACAGAAAAAAUCAGGUGUUAGCAGUGAGGUAAAAGCGGAAGUAUUGUCUCCACAUUCUCAAGAGGACUCCAGAUGUGAAGCUGACCAAGGUGAUGAGAGUAAAGAGAACAUUGAUACUCCCUGCUCACAGACUUCUGUUCACACAGAUACACAUGAUGGAGAAAAGUCUUCCUUGCAGCCUUGUGAUGCAGAUCUGCUUGAGAAAAGAACUAAUCAAGAAAUGGCUGGCUCUGCUCCGCGUGUUAUUCCAGGAUCCACUUCACUGCCUGCUCAAGAUAUAAUAAAUUCUUGUGGCCUAACUGGAUCAACUCCAGUUCUCUCUAGUUUACUGGCUACUGAAAAAUCUGAUAAUUCAGACAUUAGGCCUUUGGGGUCUCCACCAGCAACUAUGCCAGCUUCACCAUCCAAUCAUGUGUCAAAUUUGCCUCCUAGUUUAAUGGCACCACCUGGCCAUGUUCUGGAUAAUACCAUUACUUCUAAUGUAACAAUGGUUUCUAGGGUUAACCAUGCUUUUUCUCAGGGUGUGCAAGUAAAUCCAGGAUUCAUUCAGGGGCAGUCAGCUGUUAACCACAGUUUGGGGACAGGAAAACCUGCAAGUCAAGCGAUGCCUCUGACAAGUCAGUCUGGACCCCAGCAGCUAAUGAUCCCUCAAACAUUAGCCCAGCAAAAUAGAGAAAGGCCCCUCCUUCUUGAAGAGCAGCCCCUACUUCUGCAGGAUCUUCUGGAUCAAGAGCGGCAAGAACAGCAGCAGCAAAGACAGAUGCAAGCCAUGAUUCGCCAGCGCUCAGAGCCAUUCUUCCCAAAUAUCGAUUUUGAUGCAAUUACAGAUCCUAUAAUGAAAGCCAAAAUGGUUGCACUUAAAGGCAUAAAUAAAGUGAUGGCACAGAACAGUCUUGGCAUGCCACCAAUGGUGAUGAGCAGGUUCCCCUUUAUGGGCCCCUCCGUGGCUGGAACACAGAACAGUGAAGGCCAGAGUCUUGUUCCACAGAGUAUUACUCAGGAUGGCAGUAUAACACAUCAGAUUUCUAGGCCUAAUCCUCCAAAUUUUGGUCCAGGCUUUGUCAAUGACUCGCAGCGUAAGCAGUAUGAAGAAUGGCUUCAGGAGACCCAGCAGCUUCUCCAGAUGCAGCAGAAAUAUCUUGAAGAACAAAUUGGUGCACACAGAAAAUCUAAGAAGGCCCUGUCAGCCAAACAGCGUACUGCAAAAAAAGCAGGGCGUGAAUUUCCGGAAGAGGACGCAGAACAACUUAAGCAUGUUACUGAACAGCAAAGCAUGGUUCAGAAACAGCUCGAGCAGAUUCGUAAGCAACAGAAAGAGCAUGCUGAGUUAAUCGAAGAUUAUCGAAUCAAACAGCAGCAACAGCAGCAGCAGUGUGCAAUGGCCCCACCUGCCAUAAUGCCUGGCGUCCAGCCACAGACACCUCUGGUGCCAGGUGCCACUCCACCUACCAUGAGCCAACCCAACUUUCCCCUGCUACCACAGCAACUUCAGCACCAGCAACAUGCCGCAGUCAUUUCUGGCCACAGUAGUCCCGCCAGAAUGCCCAGUUUACCUGGAUGGCAGCCCACCAAUUCUCCUGCUCAUCUCCCCCUCAAUCCUCCUAGAAUUCAGCCCCCAAUUGCCCAGAUUCCAAUAAAAACUUGUACACCAGCACCAGGGACAGUGGCAAAUGCAAAUGCACAGAGUGGAGCACCACCACGGGUAGAAUUUGAUGACAACAACCCCUUUAGUGAAAGCUUUCAAGAAAGGGAACGAAAGGAACGGUUACGAGAACAGCAGGAAAGACAAAGAAUCCAGCUCAUGCAAGAAGUUGAUAGACAAAGAGCUUUACAGCAGAGGAUGGAAAUGGAGCAGCAUGGCAUGAUGGGUUCAGAACUGAACUGUAGGACAACCGUUUCCCAGAUCCCAUUCUACAGUUCUGACCUCCCUUGUGAUUUUAGGCAACCUCCCAGACCCCUUCAGCAGUCUCCACAACACCAACAGCAGAUGGGACAGGUUUUACAGCGGCAGAACAUGCAACAAGGAUCUAUUAAUUCACCGCCUACCCCAACAUUCUUGCCAACCAGUGAGAGACGGCAAGGAGCGCCUCCCUCAUUUAUUCCUGAUUCACCACCUGUUCCUGGUGGAAGCCCGAAUUUCCAUUCUGUUAAGCAGGGACAUGGAAGUCUUUCUGGGACCAAUUUCCAGCAGUCUCCAGUGAGACCUCCCUUUACGCCUUCAUUGGUAGCAGCUCCACCUCCCAUAGCCAACAGCAGUCUCCCAUGUAGCCAAGACCCAGCUGUAACCCAUGGACAGAAUUUUCCAGGAACAGCCCAGUCUCUCAUUCAGUUAUAUUCUGAUAUAAUUCCAGAAGAGAAAGGAAAAAAGAAAAGAGCAAGAAAAAAGAAAAAGGAUGAUGAUGCAGAAUCCAGCAAGGCACCAUCAACUCCCCAUUCGGAUAUAACUGCUCCUUCUACCCCAGGCGUCUCAGAAACUACCUCCACUCCUCCAGGGAGCACACCCAGGGAGCUUCCGGAGUCGGUGGAGCCAGUGGGCCCAUCAGCUCCCAGUGUGGUGGCAAGCCAGCCAGAUUCAGAGCUAGAAAGCAGACUGCUUCCUAGUGAUUUCUCACAGGGGCCUCCAGACCAGCAGACUUAUGCAAACUCCGAGGUCAAUAAGCUGCCCAUGGAAACCCCUGCCAAAACUGAAGACGUGAAACUGGAAAAAGCUGAGGUAGAGCUGUGCCCAGGCCAAGAGGAACUUAAAUUGGAAGAACAAACUGGUAUUCAGAUAGAAGAAAAAGCUGUAGCUGCUCCUUCUGUCUCCUCAGCACAGAGUCCUCCCCCUGCUCUUGGUGCCCCUUCUGCUAAAGGAGAUGCUGGCAAUGAGCUUUUGAAACACUUGUUGAAAAACAAAAAGGCGGCUUCCCUUUUAAGUCAGAAACCUGAAGGCAGUUUUUGUUCAGAAGACAACUGUACAAAGGAUACUAAAAUGAUUGAGAAGCAGAAUGUAACUGAAGGAUUGCAAACUUUGGGGGCUCAAAUGCAAAGUGGUUUUGGCUGUGGCAACAACCAGUUGCCAAAAACAGAUGGAGGGAAUGAAAGCAAGAAACAGCGUAGCAAACGGACUCAGCGAGCAGGGGAGAAAGCGGCACCUCGCUCCAAGAAAAGGAAGAGGGAGGGCGAGGAGAAGCCAGCUGUGUAUUCCAGCAGCGACUCCUUCACGCACCUGAAACAGCUUUCUCUGCUUCCGCUAAUGGAACCAAUCAUUGGAGUGAACUUUGCACACUUUCUUCCUUAUGGCAGUGGCCAAUUUAAUAGUGGGAAUCGACUUGUAGGACCUUUUGGCAGUGCGGCCCUGGAAGGGGUUUCAGACUACUAUUCCCAUUUGGUCUGCAAGCAGAAUAAUUUAAGUAAUCCUCCAACACCCCCUGCCUCUCUUCCUCCUACACCACCUCCUAUGGCUUGUCAGAAGAUGGCAAAUGGUUUCGCGACCACUGAGGAACUUGCUGGAAAAGCUGGAAUGCUGGUGAGCCAUGAAGUUACCAAGACUCUAGGACCUAAACCCUUUCAGUUGCCAUUCAGAUCACAGGAUGACUUAGCCAGGGCUAUCGCUCACGGCCCCAAGACAGUUGACGUUCCUGCUUCCCUUCCAACACCACCUCAUAAUAAUCAGGAAGAAUUGAGGAUCCAUGAUCACUGUGCUGACCGCGACAGUCCUGACAGUUUUGUGCCCUCCUCCUCUCCUGAGAGUGUGGUUGGAGCAGAAGUGAGCAGGUACCCGGAUCUGUCACUGGUCAAGGAGGAGCCCCCAGAGCCAGUACCCUCCCCCAUCAUCCCAAUUCUCCCUAGCACUGCGGGGAAAGGUUCAGAAUCAAGAAGGAAUGACAUCAAAACUGAGCCAGGCACUUUAUUUUUUACAUCACCUUUCGGUUCUUCCUCAAAUGGUCCCAGAUCAGGCCUUAUAUCUGUAGCAAUUACUUUACACCCUUCAGCUGCUGAGAAUAUUAGCAGCGUUGUGGCUGCCUUUUCCGACCUUCUUCACGUCCGAAUUCCUAACAGCUAUGAGGUUAGUAAUGCUCCAGAUGUUCCGCCCAUGGGCUUGGUCAAUAGCCACAGAGUAAACCCAGGUUUGGAGUAUCGCCAACAUUUGUUACUUCGUGGGCCUCCGCCGGGAUCUGCACACCCUCCCAGAUUAGCAAGCCCUUACCGGCUGAAGCAGCCUAAUGCACCAUUCCCUCCAACAAGCAAUGGUCUUCCCGGAUAUAAGGAGUCUGACAGCACAGCACUCAGGCCGCAGUGGUGCUGUUACUGCAAAGUGGUUAUUCUUGGAAGUGGUGUGCGGAAAUCUCUCAAAGAUGUGACUUCGACAAACAAGGAUGCUCGCGACAGCUCCAGGAGAGGGGAGAAGGACAUUGUCUUCUGUAGUAAUAACUGCUUCAUUCUCUAUUCAUCAGCUUCAAAAGCAAAAAACUCAGAAAGCAAGGAACCCAUUCCUUCAUUGCCACAGUCACCAAUGAGAGAAACACCUUCCAAGGCGUUUCAUCAGUACAGUAACAACAUCUCCACUUUAGAUGUGCACUGUCUCCCUCGGCUGCAAGAAAAAGCUUCUCCCCCCGCGUCACCUCCCAUCAUGUUCCCUCCUGCCUUCGAAGCAGCCAAAGUAGAGGCCAAGCCAGAUGAGCUCAAAGUCACAGUGAAGUUAAAGCCUCGCGUAAGAACUGUCCAUGGUGCGUUUGAGGAUUGUAGACCAUUAAAUAAAAAAUGGAGGGGCAUGAAGUGGAAGAAAUGGAGCAUUCACAUUGUAAUUCCCAAGGGGACGUUUAAGCCUCCAUGUGAGGAAGAAAUAGAUGAAUUUCUAAAGAAAUUGGGCACAUCCCUGAGGCCUGAUCCUGUGCCUAAAGACUAUCGGAAGUGUUGCUUUUGUCAUGAAGAAGGAGAUGGACUGACAGAUGGACCAGCCAGACUGCUCAACCUUGACUUGGAUCUGUGGGUCCACUUGAACUGUGCCUUGUGGUCCACAGAGGUCUACGAGACUCAGGCUGGUGCCCUAAUCAAUGUGGAGCUGGCACUGAGGAGAGGCCUGCAGAUGAAGUGUGUCUUCUGCCAUAAGACAGGAGCCACCAGUGGGUGCCACAGAUUUCGAUGCACCAACAUUUAUCACUUUACCUGCGCCAUUAAAGCACAAUGCAUGUUUUUUAAGGACAAAACUAUGCUUUGCCCGCUGCACAAACCAAAGGGAGUUCAUGAGCAAGAAUUAAGUUACUUUGCAGUCUUCAGGAGGGUCUAUGUUCAACGUGAUGAGGUACGACAGAUUGCUAGCAUCGUGCAACGAGGAGAACGUGACCACACCUUUCGUGUUGGAAGCCUUAUCUUCCACACAAUUGGUCAGCUCCUUCCACAGCAGAUGCAAGCAUUCCACUCGACUAAAGCACUCUUCCCUGUGGGCUAUGAAGCCAGCCGCUUGUACUGGAGCACGCGCUAUGCCAACCGGCGUUGCCGCUAUCUGUGUUCCAUUGAGGAGAAAGACGGGUGCCCCGUGUUUCUCAUCAGGAUCGUGGAGCAAGGGCAUGAAGACCUAGUCUUAAGUGACACAUCACCUAAAGGUGUUUGGGAUAAAAUUUUGGAACCUGUGGCAUGUGUAAGGAAAAAAUCUGAUAUGCUGCAGCUUUUCCCAGCGUAUUUAAAAGGAGAAGAUCUAUUUGGCUUAACUGUCUCAGCAGUAGCACGGAUUGCCGAAUCACUACCUGGGGUUGAGGCAUGUGAGAAUUACACCUUCCGCUAUGGCCGGAAUCCUCUCAUGGAGCUCCCGCUUGCCGUUAACCCUACAGGUUGUGCCCGUUCUGAACCUAAAAUGAGUGCCCAUGUCAAGAGGUUUGUGUUAAGGCCUCACACCCUGAACAGCACCAGUGCCUCCAAGUCCUUUCAGAGCACGGUCACUGGAGAGCUGAGCGCACCCUACAGCAAGCAGUUCGUUCACUCCAAGUCCUCACAGUACCGGAAGAUGAAGACUGAAUGGAAGUCCAACGUGUAUCUGGCCCGGUCUCGCAUUCAGGGCCUGGGCCUGUAUGCUGCUAGAGAUAUCGAGAAGCACACUAUGGUCAUUGAGUAUAUAGGGACUAUCAUUCGGAAUGAAGUGGCAAACAGGAAGGAGAAGCUCUAUGAGUCUCAGAAUCGUGGCGUGUACAUGUUCCGCAUGGAUAAUGACCACGUGAUUGAUGCGACGCUCACAGGAGGGCCUGCAAGAUACAUCAACCACUCUUGUGCACCAAACUGUGUGGCUGAAGUGGUAACUUUUGAGAGAGGACACAAGAUCAUCAUCAGCUCCAACCGGAGAAUCCAGAAAGGGGAGGAGCUCUGCUAUGACUAUAAGUUUGACUUUGAAGAUGACCAGCACAA